AAGUAAAAUACAAAAGACAGACGCGAGAAGUAAAAAGUGCGAUCCCAAAUCUCCGAUACAAAACCUAGUCUACGUCGCGCCGUCUCCGCCACUUUCAGUUGUUUCCGGCCUCCACAAGCUUACACCGCUAGGUUAUUAGUUUCUUAUUGUUCAAAGAUGGCUGAUGCUCAUGAUACUGAUAAGAACAUUGGGGUGUGGAAAAUCAAGCAAUUGAUGAAGAAUCUUGAAGCUGCCAGAGGAAAUGGGACAAGUAUGAUUUCUCUUAUCAUACCCCCGCGUGAUCAAAUAUCUCGUGUUACCAAGAUGCUUGCCAAUGAGUAUGGAACUGCUUCAAACAUCAAAAGUAGGGUGAAUCGACAGUCUGUGCUUGGUGCAAUCAGUUCUGCCCAGCAGAGGCUUAAGCUUUAUAACAAGGUUCCUCCAAAUGGGCUUGUUUUGUAUUGUGGCACAAUUUUGACUGAUGAUGAGAAGGAGAAAAAGGAGACCUUUGAUUUUGAACCAUUUAGACCUAUCAAUGCGUCUCUCUAUCUUUGUGACAACAAGUUUCACACUGAACCUCUGAAUGAGAUCCUGGAAUCUGAUGACAAGUAUGGAUUUAUUGUCAUGGAUGGUAAUGGCACACUAUUUGGGACCUUGAGUGGUAAUACAAGGGAGGUGCUUCACAAGUAUACCGUGGAUCUUCCAAAAAAACAUGGAAGAGGAGGGCAAUCAGCCCUACGUUUUGCCCGUCUUCGCACAGAGAAGCGUCAUAACUACGUGAGGAAGACUGCCGAGCUUGCAACCCAGUUUUAUAUCAAUCCUGCUACCAGCCAGCCUAAUGUUUCUGGAUUAAUACUUGCUGGUUCUGCUGAUUUCAAAACUGAGCUUAGUAAGUCAGAUAUGUUCGAUCCCCGUCUUCAGGCAAAACUACUUAAUGUUGUAGAUGUAUCUUAUGGAGGGGAGAUGGGAUUUAAUCAGGCUAUUCAACAAUCUUCUGAAAUUCUGUCCAAUGUCAAGUUUAUUCAGGAGAAACGCUUGAUUGAAAAAUACUUUGAGGAAAUCGGUCAAGAUACGGGGAAGUCUGUCUAUGGUGUUGAUGAUACUCUACAAGCUCUGGAUGCAGGAGCUGUUGAGACACUUAUUGUCUGGGAAAAUCUGGAUAUGACUAGGUAUGUUUUAAAAAAUAGUACUACCGGGGAAAUUGUCAUUAAACACUUCAACAAGCAACAGGAAGCCAACCAAAGUAAUUUUAGAGAUCCUGAAAACUCUUCUGAUUAUGAGGUUCAGGAAAUGCUGUCUCUGGUUGAGUGGUUUGCAAAUGAAUACAAACAGUUUGGUUGCACUCUUGAGAUUGUCACCAACAAAUCGCAAGAAGGUUCACAAUUUUGCAAAGGCUUUGGUGGGAUAGGUGGGAUGCUGCGUUACCAGCUUGAUAUGAGAACAUUUGAUGAUUUUUCUGAUGAUGGAAGUGUGUCUGAUGACAAAUAGGAAUCAAUGAAAUCCUCCCUACUACUGGUGCAGGAAAGGGAGGCCAAAAUACCUGCACCGGUGUGGGAGGUGGCUGCACGUGCUGCUGCUGCUCCUCCUCUUCCUCAUAUGUCUGUUGUGUUGCAUGGAAAGUUUGAUUCCAAAAUGAGUUGCUUUGCCCCGAAAGUACCAUCUAAUAGGAGUUACUACCUUACUUGUUCUCCUAUCAUUCGAUCUUCUGCACUACAAAUUACAGCAACAUUGCUGGCAACAGCUGGUGAAAAUAUGUCAUUUCCUCCUCCUUUGAUAUCUGCUUGUAUUCAGAAUUG